AUGACUGAAAAACACCUAUCAACAAAUAGAUAUAAACAAUAUAAAUUUCAACAAAAUUUUAUUGUUAAAUGCAUUCCAUGGCAUGAUGGACCAGAUAUAAGGAAGCAGUUAAAUGAUAAACUACUAAUUCAUCGAGUGCAAAAUUUAAAACGCUUACAGGUUGAUAAACAUUUUGCUAUUCAUACUAUAUUUCUUGUAUGUGAAUAUCUACUAUGUUGUACACCCUAUGCUGUUGUAGCUUUAUUACAAAUAUUUAAUUUAUUGAGAGGAAAGCAAUAUCCGAUAACAUUAACAUUGUGUGCAUGCAUGGCUAAAUGGGUAUCAAUUUUUUGA